GAACCAAACUAGCUCGAGGCCGCUUUUUCUCUUGGUUUUCGGGGACCUUUACACCGGAAGUAAUAAUAAUAAACACUGCGUUCACUUGGAGGUGAAGGCGUUUCACCAAAUGCAACAUUAAAAUGACGCAAAAUCAGAGAAUAGCGUUGGUAUUUGGAGGCUUUGUAACGGCUAUUGCCGCGGCUUUUUACCCCAUAUUUUUCUACCCGCUCACGCACAACGAAGAGUACAGAGACGUUCAGAAGAUAAACCGGAGAGCAGUGAACCAGGCAGACGUUCAGCCCGUAGGUGUAAAGAUAUGGUCGGAUCCCUUCAAGCCUUCAGACAAAUGACAACCAGUGACGGCUGACCCUUCCCUAAACCCAGCGACCCGAUGCGUCCCGAUGAAAGGCUUCCAGCAGAGAGCGACUGUGGCUGAUGAGUGCUUGGUGUGCGCGUGAGUGAAUGCUCCUCGGAAUGAGCUUUGGCGUGUGUGUGAGUCCCUUUUAAGUCCUAACGAAUAAAGUUUAAAACUCUUCUGACUAAA